UUGGUUAAUCUCGUCUGACUACUUAGCACGAUGCUGGUGACUCCUAUCACAACACCUACUUUCAUGUCAUUUACAUACCUGAGUAGCUGGGAACACCUGUUGCUUAUGUUUGCGGCGGCUUCGUAGAACACUGACUACUUCCAUUCUUACUGUUCCGAUUCAGACGAACGCAACAUUGAUUAAGGCUCGGGAGAUAAAGAGGUGGAGAUGUGCUCUGAAGCAGAUGCCUAAAGAACCCAAGAUGGAUUUUCUAAAAUAUAUAACUUUGUGAAAAAUGCUGAAACCACUACACCUAUGACACUGAAGGACCAAUCUGCAAUAAAGUUUAUUUACCACAUCUAUGGACAAAGGUCACCCCCCCCCAGCCUUACCUGGCAAGUAAAAGUUCCAGUUCUCAGGGAACAUGAAAACUGAGAGCCUUUGAUUGCCAGCAAGGCAACAGUCCAUCUUAACCCCACCACCAGACUUACCUGAUGGAUCAGACAACGCAGAGUGGCACAAGAAAAAUGGCGGAGGCUGGUGUUCCGGAUUUUUUUUCGGAGCAGGAGCUGACCUGUUCAAUCUGUCUGGACCUGUUCAGAAACCCGGUGUCGACACCCUGUGGACACAACUUCUGCCAGGGCUGCAUCGGGGGGUACUGGGCCUCCAGUGCCACCUGCACCUGCCCUCUCUGUAAACAUGCUUUCCAGGAGCGUCCUCAGCUCAGCAUCAACCGCGUUCUUGCCCACAUCUCAAAGAAUUACAAAGAAGCUCUGUAUGGCGUGGAGAAGCCCGACAUGUUGGACACAGACAAGACGCCAGGAGUCAUAACCAAUGGCAAUCCAUUCCUCGAGGAGAUUAUUACAUGUGACGUGUGCACGGGGAAAAAACAAGAGGCGAUCAGUUCGUGUUUAACCUGCACGGCGUCCUACUGCCAGACCCACGUACAGCCCCACCUGACCACGCCCUUCUACGCCAACCACCGGCUGCUGGAUCCCCAGGAGGCACUGCGCGGUCGCACAUGCCCACUUCACCACCGGCUCCUGGAGGUGUACUGCCGCACCGACCAGACCUGUAUCUGUGCGAUCUGUGUGCUGGAGGACCACCGCACACACCGCACGGUGUCCGUGCAGACGGAGAGGGUCAGCAAACAGCAACUCCUUGGGAAGACUGAAUUUGAGAUUAAGAAAAGGAUUGAGGGGAAGAACCUCUGUCUGAACGAGCUGAAGAACCGACUGGAGGCUGUCAGGAACUAUGCGCAGAGCGAGCUGUCCGAGGUGGAGCAUUUACUGGGCGAGCUGAGUCACUCAGUGGACAGGAUACGCGGAGAGCUGGUGGGCGGCAUCGAGGAGAAGCGGGCGUCUGUGGAGACCCACGGGGAGAGCCUGGUGACCCGCCUGGAGACUGAGGUGUUCCAGCUGCAGAUGCGCCAAUCCAGGCUGGAAGCCCAGGCCACCUCUGAUGACCACAUCGGCUUCCUCCAGACGUUCGAGGAGGCCAGCGCCCCCCUGCAGGACGACUCCGAGACCCAGGACGUGGACGCCGAAGCAGAGGUGUCGCUGCGGUUCUCUCUGGGAACUGUGAAGAUGGCUCUGGGGGAGCUGAGGGAGAGGCUGGAUGACAUCCACAUGGGAGAAGUGCGACCCAGAGGAUCCAUUAGCUCUCUACGGGAGAGUGACAGUAUGAUUAGUGUACAAACACUACGGACCAAGAGUCAGUGGUCCUUGAAAGAUCUCAAAAAGAUUAAACCUGGAUCAGGCAUAAAGAAAAUCCGGUCCUAUUUAGAGGAUGUGACGCUGAAUCCGGUGACAGCGUACCCCUUUCUCAUUCUCUCUGAGGACAGGAAGCAGGUGAAAAGGGGAGAGAAGCUGCAGUUCUACAGGAACAGCACGCAUCGCUUCGAUGUCUGGUCCUGCGUGCUGGGCAAAGAGGGCUUCAACUCAGGGAGACACUACUGGGAGGUGAGCGUGGGUGAGAAUAAGGACUGGAAGGUGGGAGUGGUGCGGGAGUCGGCCCAGAGGAAAGGCCUGUUCGACAUGAGCCCCCACAAUGGCUACUACGCCCUCUGGUGGGGGGGCAGCCACCUGCACGCCCUCACCGCCCCGCCCCUCACUAAGGUGAAGGCCUCGGUGCGCCUCAGGAGGGUGGGUGUCUACCUGGACUGCGAGGAGGGCCAAGUGACCUUCUACAACGUCAAGACCGGCUCUGAGGUGUACAGCUUCAGCGUGCCAGCGUUCUCCGACAGGAUGUUCCCCCUGCUGGGCACCGGGGACAAGGAGGUGCCCCUAGUCCUCAUGGCCACACAGGGCAACAGUGUGCCGGAGUAGGAGGAGCAUGGAAAACCGGGCGGAUGAUGGGAGUGAGAAUGUUGAGGGGUGAGAGGUCACUUAAGUGUGUGGAAAUAGAUGAGUGAAGGGGAAUUCACUAUAAGAUUAGCGCGGGUCGCUUUGAGUGGCGGCAGAGGAAUUUUGACAGAAAACGUUUAAGUGGUUGCUGCAUAUGAGAAGCGUGGACGUGAACAUAUUUUAGGGCAAACGUAUUCGAGGAGAUAGGUGAGGCUGUUUUAGUGUGGGUCAAAAUGUGGGAUUGUGAGAUCGUUUAAGAGGGCGUGUUUGAAGGUGUAAGGUGAACAUACAAUAACUUUAUGGUCUGAAAUCAGAGUCCACGUUUAAAAUCACAAUGGAACACUUUGUUUUACUCAGCUCUUCUCUGUGAUCACUUUCUGGUAUCCAUGUAAUUAUAGCUACUAUUUACUUGGGUGGACUGGUCUUGUUAUGGGACUCCUGCAUUGUUCACGGUUGAGUCACACUAAACACACUGUUCUGUAUGCGGAUUAUGAACCCUGACCUGUUUGCAACAUUGUGUAAUGGGUACCUGUUUUACGAGCGUGUCAGAGAAGGAUGGUGGGUCAUGAUGAUGUUAGACUUUUGCUGAAUCACUGUAGAUUGCCAACAACAGUGGAAGAUGCCCAGAUCUUUAGUGUUGCCGUUCGCAGCUCCUGACAGCGAUGAGUUGCUUAUUUAUUUUAUGGAAAUAUUGCCCUGUUCUUAUUGAUAAUCGUCUGCCACUCUCAAUGUGUGUUUUUAAAUACAUUUAACAAUAAAAAUGACAUUUCUAAAACACUUCAGUGUUAUUUUGGUCAUUGGAAGACCAGUACUGCUAGUUUUCUACAUUCAGAAUGGAUGAGUUCCAGUCUAGCCACAAGAGGCCACUGCAGAACAAACACUCUGCCUCUCUGCUCCAGCAAAGACAUUCUGUUCGGGAAAAGUCAAACCCAGCAUGGGUGCCGAACUCAAUACGCUGACAAAUGGAGUUCUUUGAAAGACCAUUCAAGCCCACUGCAUCAAUACAGAUCAAUUUAUCCAGGAUAUAAAAUCCAUCAUCCUUCAUUGCACACUAUAUAAUACAAUCUAUAUUAUGUACUGUAUAGUGCACAGUGCUUGACUUGGGAAGUGCAGGAACUGACAAAUCGCACAUCAGACUACGUUCAUCAAAAUGUGUGUGUUAAUAAAGCUUGUUCCAUUGGAGUAGUAUCCCAGAUGGUAAUUUUGCCCCAAAAAAUUGAACCCGGGAACGUUGUUUGCCCAAAAUUAGAAGUACUGGUAAUUCCGACCCAAGUCAAGCACUGAUAUUGCACUAUAUUAUAUACAAUCUAAAUGAUAUACUAUGGAGUGCACUAUAUUAUAUACAAUCUAAAUGAUAUACUAGAUAGUGCACUAUAUUCCCCUAAUAGCAUUAUCUUUAUUUAUACUUGGUGCUAUGAUCUUAUCCCAGUCCCGAUUAUGUCCACAAUGCCGUCCUUGCAUUUACAGAUGGUAGUAAAAUGUGCCCGCAUUUACCCCUGCUCUGUCUCUGUACGUAAAUGUACAAAAUAUAAAAACAAUGUAUUUAAAUCAUUGACGCUGCAAGUGAAGGGAGUGCCCCUGUCAAAUGAUUUUAGAAACCAACUAUUUUAAUGAUGCCACUGUCCACCCUUGCACAGCGUGUGCCUGACUGCUCCCAAAUGGUCAGGAAUGUUUUAUUACACUCCGUGUCUUUUAAUCAUCUAGAGCUGACAUUGUGGACACAGGACAUGCCCAUAGGUUCUUCUAAGAAUCCGGUCAUGUUCGACGGUGCUUUACUGCCAGGCGGUUAUGACUGCAUGUACGUGAUCUACAGAGAGACAUAAGCCUUUUAAAUCCUAUCCAGUUGCAGUAUUCAGUUGUGGGAAAAAGAAACCACAGGCCCUGGAAGUUGUCUCUCUCACCACAUAUUUGGAAAUAUGGAUGUGUAUCAUUCCCUUCAGAUAACGGUAACCUGACGUAACUAAUGACACCGAAAGAUUAUACUUUGCAAUAACUCAUCAAUAAUAAACAGAAAUGCGGUUUCAUAGUGCAGUAAAGGAGGCACACACCCCUAUAUUCAAUAGCUGGUGUUGCCCCCUUUGGCUGAAGUAACUUCAUUCAGCAUUUCUUGUAACUGUUCAUCAGUCUCUUACAUUGACUUGGAGGACUUCUUGUCCAGGCUCCUUCAACAGCACUGCUUCAAAUGUGUCAUGGUUGAGGGCUCUCUUGCAGGCACUGCCUCACUGAAGUUCCACCAUAACAUUUUUAAUACAAUGACUUGUACGAUGAUUUCUUUUUGACUUUUCGCUGUAACUUCACUUGUGUGUAUUGUAUAAUUCUCCUGUUGCAAGAUGCACGCUAGAUUCAGCUUUGACAGAUGGCCUCACAUUCUCCUCAAUACUCUGGUGCGGUAUGGCCAGGCCCUUAAACAUGCUUUAUGACUUCUGUUCAAAGGCAGUGUUUCGUUUUUGAGAAAACAGGUGUCUGGCAUCGCAGCCAAACAACUCCACCUUUUGUCUCCUCUGUCCAGAGCAUGUUGAUCCAGUAGUUUAGGUCUUAACCCAAGUGUCGGGUAAACAUCAGACCUGUCUUGAUAUUAUUCCUGCAUGACCUACCAUGUAGGCCCAGUUUCUGCUUCUGUUUCCUUUUGAUAGUUAACUGAAGGUACAAGAGAGGCUUGUACUCUAGGGUUCUUAGAGACUCCUAUGAGCAACUUUCGGUCAGAUCUUGGAAUGAAUUUGAUUGGACGACCUGUCCUACAUAGACUGCAGGAGACGGGUAUUGUCAUCAUUUGUAGAUAACCUGUUGGACCGUGGACAGACUGUGGACCUUGAAAUGCUUGAAAAUGUAUUUUUCCAGGCACAGACUCCAGGGCAUCAAUAAGCUUUUUUCUGAAAGCCUCAGAUAGGUCUAUUGGUUUUGGCAUGAAUUGUUACCAAACAUGGUCAGGGCCAAACCAGACCUAUUUACAAAUCUUCAUGGACGCUGUGCCCUCCCAGGUUACUUGUAAAUGAUCUUCUAAUAAUUUACACAUUAUUUCUGUGCACCUGAUUUUAAUUAUAGCCAUUUGAUGUGAUGGUCAAUGUAUGUUUGUACUAACUAUUACAUAAGGAAAUUGCAUUUGUUUUAUUUUCAAAUUGUUUCAGAUUUCCUUUCAGUGAUUGGUUAAAUUGGGUUACUUUUAUCAUUGAAUUUGGGUGGAAUUUAGCUCAGAUAUCCAAGUGUCCAAAACUGGAAAAAAAAUAAAACUUAACUGGCAUGGUGGGAAAAUUAUAAUUGUUUUAAAAAUUCUCUUUUUUAUACUUAAAAAACACUCACCACCCAGGUUUACAGCACAGGCAAAACAAUUUAUAAUAACAUAUUGAUUGUAUCUUAAACAAGCUCCCAAGUUUAGAAUAUGGUUACAAAACAAAAAUGUAAAUAAAGCCCUAUUGAUAUUUGUUGUGGUUUGUACUGAUGUUACAAUGAAUAAUCAUUCAAGUUCAUAUUUUAUUUAACAUAAUUCAUAUUGCAAUCAUUGUGAACAGCUGGGAUUUCAAUAUACACAAUAGAAUUGUAACAUUUUAAGCCCCCCACCCCCACCCCGCAAAAAUCCAACGGCCACCCCACCCAAAAAAACAUAACAAAA